AUGACGUUAAAACGUAAGUUUUUUAUUGUUUUCUUUGAUUUUUAGGUAAAAGUUUUGAAUUUUUCUAAACUUUGAAAUGUAAGUUGUAAAAAACGGCUUUCUUAAGCUUGUGAAUAACCUUUUCUGUUGUGUCAGAAGGUUUACUUAUGUCUUUACUUUCAGAGUGUCUUUCAACUGCUGUUUUGGUGGUGGUAUACUGGACUUUUUGGCUUGUUUCGUGUGUUCGAGCGGUGUUCUCCUUGGAAACGCUUAAGGGAUUGGCACGUUUAGUUGGUGUAACUGAAGACGAAUGUAAAGGAUGCUUUGAAGACUUGAAAAUACCUCAACAUUUGGCUGUUUUGUUUGGAAGGAAUCAAAGUUUUGUGGAUUUGGUAAGUUUUUGAUGUUGUUUUUUGAGUUUUAGGUAUUAACGCAGGAUUUUUGGAGCAUUGCUUGUGCAAACGAUGCUUGAAAGGUUUAUUAAUGUUUGGGCUGCGUUAUGAUAUUAAAAUCCUAUUAAAAAUUACAUUUAUAUUGAGUUAGUGUAAACCUAUGUUGCAUUAGUUCGCCAAAUCUUUUUGGGCUUUCAGUAUAGUUUUAAAUUGUUUUACACUAUUAGUUAUAGUUGUAAAAUACGAAGUCUAAUUUUUUGUAGGUUUAUCAUGAGUAUUUUCGAUUUCAGAACGUAAUCUUUGACUUUAUCUACUUCUCAAGCCUAAAUGGAGUGAAACGUCUGACGUUUUACGACGAUAAUGGGAUAUUGAAGUCAAUGUUGUAUAAUGUGGAACGUGGAUGGGAUUCGUACAUAAAGAGGAAGGAGUUUUUUAAAAGUAUAUUGUUUUAUAAGGGUCAAGAUGGCAAAGAAACAUAUCCUGGUCAACUUACAGUGCAUUUUCUGGACAAACGAGACGGAAAGCCUAUGAUGGCUGAGGUUUGUAGGGAGGUAAGUGUGAAUAGCUAUAGUAUAUUUUGGCGUAAUUUAGAAGUAAAUUUAAUUUUUUUAAAUUAUAUCGUUAUAUUUUUGUUACCUAAACUUUCAUUUUUAAGUUUAUUGAGGCAUCGCCUUGGCCUUUAUGGCAAAAUUAAUCUAAAAGUAAAGUUUAAAACCUCAAUUUUUAGCUGACUCAUAGCCGCGAGCCCGUGACUGUAGCUCGAGUCACGUCCAAACUGGCCACGAAGGGGGUUCACGAAGUGGACUUUUUGCUGGCCGUCGGAUGCGCAAACAAUUUGGACGGUUUUCCAGCCUGGUCUCUUCGUGUGGCCGAAAUUCAGCAGAUGAAGUUUUGGUCCGAUCGCCUAACGGAAUCCUCGUAUCGGUCAAUUUUGGCUUCGUUUAGCUGUAGAGAUAGGAGAUUGGGGCGAUGA